AUGACCAUCCCACCAAAGCAUUUGCUUCUUGCCAUCCUCCGUUGCCUCUGCAUCUGUAGUUCAGUCCUAGCAGCUCGCGAGCUCAGUGAUGACUUGUCGAUCGCGGUGAGCCACGAGAGUUGGAUGUUGCAAUAUGGCCGUGUGUACAAGGAUGCCACUGAGAAGGCACAACGGCUUAAGGUGUUCAAGGCUAAUGUCGGGUUCAUCGAGUCCUUCAACGCUGAGAACCACAAGUUCUAUUUGGGAAUCAAUCAGUUUGCUGACCUCACCAACGAGGAGUUUAAGACGACAACGGCUAACAAGGGAUACAAAUCUAGCUUGGAGAGGGCUCCCACAGGAUUCAGGUAUGAGAACGUAAGCUUGGAUGCACUUCCAGCAACAGUAGACUGGAGGACCAAGGGUGCGGUCACUCCCAUCAAGGAUCAGGGUCAAUGUGGUUGUUGUUGGGCAUUUUCCGCCGUUGCUGCAACCGAGGGCAUUGUCAAGCUGAAAACUGGCAAGCUUAUCUCUUUAUCGGAACAAGAGUUGGUAGAUUGUGAUGUCCACGGCGUGGAUCAGGGCUGUGAGGGCGGGCUCAUGGAUGAUGCCUUCAAGUUCAUCAUUUCAAAUGGUGGACUGACAGGUGAGUCUAGCUACCCAUAUAAAGCAGAAGAUGGCAAGUGCAAGAGUGGAUCCAAAGAUGCCGCCACCAUCAAGAGUUACGAGGAUGUGCCAGCCAACAAUGAAGGUGCCCUCAUGGCGGUUGUCGCGAACCAGCCUAUUUCAGUAGCCGUCGAUGGUGGUGACAUGACGUUCCAAUUUUACAAAGGUGGAGUGAUGACUGGUUCUUGCGGCACUGACCUAGACCAUGGUAUUGCAGCUAUUGGCUAUGGAAAGACGACUGAUGGCACAAAAUAUUGGUUGUUGAAGAAUUCGUGGGGGACAACAUGGGGUGAGAAUGGGUAUUUAAGAAUGGAGAAGGAUAUUUCUGACAAGAGAGGCAUGUGUGGUCUUGCCAUGGAGCCUUCCUACCCUACUGAGUAG